AUGCCUCACACAAUAUUACUUGUACAGCCUUCUGUCAAAAAACCAGAUACUCGCACAUGGUCGGAUUAUGAAACUGUAGAGCAAUGUUUGGAGGGUGUAUGCAAGAUAUAUGAAGAGCAGCUAAAACGUGAAAAACCUAAUGCUCCUACUAUCACUUAUGAUAUAUCCCAACUUUUCCAGUUCAUCGAUCAGCUGGCUGACCUUAGUUGUUUAGUUUUUCAUGAAUCUACAUACACUUAUGUUCCUCAUCAUAAAAACUGGAUCAAAGAACAAGUUUAUGUACUCCUUAGAAACCAAGCUGGCCAGUAA